AGUAUUCAACUUCAGUGUACUUCAUUGCUUGAUAUCAUGUGAUAUUUAAUAUUUGAAGCGACUGUCUUGCACCAACCCUAGAUAAUGGAAGCACCAAUAUGACACACAACAUCAGCAUAAUUCUGUCUUAGUGCCUGAAGAAGGCCCUUGUGGCCGAAAAUUUGCAUUGAAUGUGACUUAUUUUAUAUGUUGUCUUGUACCAACCCAAACAAAACAGUUGGCAAUAAAACCUCCGGAGGGAACCGGCUUGAGAUGGCCAUAAGAUGGAUGAACUCAUCAAUGUGAAUAGGUUCUCAGAGUGCUUAACCCCUUAUUGCAAGAGUGCAGUUUCUGUCACCAUAAAAAUGUAACUUGUGUAAAAUACACUAAUAGCAGAUUUCAACUUCCCUUUUCAGCUGACCUUUCCAGGGCAAUGCUAAAGUUGUCCAUGUCUGAGUAUACCUCAGACUUGGAAUCGACAUGUACGGAGGAGGAUAAAGAAAACCCAAGCAUUGGCAACAGGUCAAAAAGGACUCUGAGGCCACCAAGACGAUUUUUGGUAUCUGAUGAUGAUGAUGAUAAUGAUGGUGAUGAUGACGACAUGGAUGGUUCAAGUGAACUUGCUCAUGCAGAAGAGCAACCACUCUCCAAAGAAAGAAGAAUGGAAGCCCCAUCCCCACCCAAGGUGCCAAGGUCACUGACCUUUCAGAAAAGACCAUUAUCCCCUGUUUCUAAAACUAAAGGCAUUGCGAGAAAGACACCGGAGACGCCAAUCCACAAUGAUGUGUGCUUGGAGCAGAUUCGUCAAUAUGCAAGGAUAGGAACCAUUCGCACACCAAGAGCCAGUCCAUCCGACCAUCAGCCGGUACAGUUGCCUUCUCCUUCUCCGUCUGCCAGUCCCUCUGCCAAAAAUGAUUAUUCAGACAAGCUGGCCAAUAGUCUGGUUGAGCUUACACAAGAAGUUCGUCGUAUGAGAAUAAAUAUGGCUGAAGCAAGAGACGAGGCUAGACAGAGCAAGAAACUUCUAACAAAGAUUCUGGCAAUCGUAAGCAACCCAGCACAAGUACCGGCAGAGGAACAAGAACAGCCGCAGCCAUUGCCAUUAAGUUCAUUUGAUGAAUUCAAAGAAAUGGAGCAGAGAUUGGAGGGGGACAAGGCAUUUGCAAGAAACCUGGCUGUGCACUUGAGCAAAUUUGGGGCACCUGAUGUCAAAAAAUCCACAAAAUGCAUCUUGGAAGCUACCAUGACAUUUUCUUUAAUGACGAAAUUCAAUUGGAAGGGCCAGCGAGGCGAAAAAAUAGCAAUGCACAACCAGCAGCUGGUGUCAGUGAUAUGUGCUGCAGUACGGCACAACAGGGCAACAAAGGAUGCCACAAAUGAAGAAAUCAAGGCAAUAAUAAAAGACCACUUGAGGUAUGCAGACAAACGGCUGCAAAGACAUAAUAAAAAGCCUGCUGGAGCCAAAGAUACAACUGAUCUCAGUGAAGAUGAAGGCACACAGGAGAGAGAUGAGGAUUUGAAUACCGAGGAACUCAACUGAACACCACAGUGGGAAGAAAUACAUUGAUACAUAUCUGACCCUGCAGUUUAUUAACAAUAUAUAAUAAGGUGGCUGAAAUUCUGUGUGUUUCAGGGCUUCUAUUAACCCAGAAAUUUUUCUUAAGGCUGUAUUUUCACCCUCGGACAGUGGGGGAAAUCCCAAUUCAUUUCCAUUUUGCGAACCCUUAACAGUUUGGGCAUUCCCUUACCUUUCAGCCUGGUAGUCUACAAAAAGCCAGAGUUAAAGAGUACCAGGAUGUGAUUGCCUGGUGUGCCUUUUGGUUUAUAAAAGAUUGUUACAUGUAGAUCGUAAAACUGCUGGCUCUCCCAGUGUUCGUCCACAAAUGUCAAAAUACUCAUAUAAAGGUUUAUGUAAAGAAUUUAUUCAGGUUUUAUUUUUAUAGUUACUUCUUUAAUUUAUGCAAAAAUUGAUAUUGGUGAGCUGCUAAAGUCUACCACUACACGGUUUUUGCACUCUCCAAUCUGGCCAAAUUUUGUACUGUAGUUAAAAGUUCUUGCACGCAUGUAUAUUAAGGGCGGUAAUACAUUUUGCCUUAU